AUGAGUUAAUUAUCUCCUUAAUCUUUUGAAGAUUGAUGGCGGCUAAAACUAAUGUCAAAGUGUACGUGUACUUUGGAGGUCACAUAAUUCCCGAUGAUUGGGUAGUGCAAUAUAGUAUUGCCCACAAAACAGCAUUUCGAAUUAAACGUGACUUGUCCGAGAUGACAACAGAUGAAGAUUUACAAAUGUAUAUUGAUCCUGACGAAGGGAAUGAGGCAAUCGAAGUAUUUGUUGAGAUUGAACCGAAGUACAUUGAUAGUGCCCCACCACAAGUGAGCGUAGAGGCAUUUGAUUUGAAUGAACCAUAUUUCUCACAACCGGAGGUGACUCCGGAUUUUCUGGCGGCGACACAAAGCAUCCCUAAUUAUUGUGAGACUAGUGGAGCGAGAGAGGUGCACAGAGAUUCCCAUACAAUUAACUAUGGUAAUUUAGGGGGAUUUGUUGGUGAGUCGAGUUCCGCGAGACGGAGCAUUUUCGAAGAUGAAGACCCUAUAGGUGACUCCUUUGGGCCGAACAGUCCUGUCAAUUCCGAACCAUCCGAUGACGGAGACGACGACAAUGAAGAUGAAGACGUACAAGAUGGUGUUCGGGAGACGUGGUUGCAGCACAACGAGGCGGAAGCAGAGGAACAACCGACGUUGUAUGAGUCAAUCCCAUUUUUCUUGAUGACGUUUCCAGAAGUGGCGGCAGAUUCAGUUGAUGUUGGAAGGGGCCGAUAUGAUAAGUUUUACGAUAGCGAUCGGGGUAUUCUUGAGGUUGGGAUGGUGUUUGAGGACAAAAAACGCCUUUGCGCCGCGGUGAGAGACCAUUCGAUUCGAUUUGCUAAACGGGAAUUCACGGUUGUCGAAAGUAAGCCGAAGAUAUGGAGUGUCAAGUGCAAGCAUAGCACACCUGAAAGGCCUUGUAGAUGGUCGUUACGGGGAAUUGAAAAAUCGGGCAAAGGAUUCUUCCUUAUUACGAGAUAUGGUGGGCCCCACAACUGCAUAAUGGAUGAAAUGUCGAAUGAGCACAAGAAUUUGGACAUGAACUACAUUGCUGCCUUAUUGGUUCAGUCCGUUCGAGAUGAUCCAGCUUGCAAAAUAUCACAAGCACAGAAUAUUGUGAGGUCUCAAUUAGGAUUUCAACUUUCAAAGAUGCAAGCUUGGUAUGGUUUGAAGCGUUGCAGAGAUAACUUGUUCGGGAGUUGGGAGUCCUCAGUGAACAAACUGCCCAAGUUUAUGAAGGCACUUCAUAGAACGAACCCGGGUACGGCAAUUGAGUGGGUUUUCAAACCAACAGACAUUCCAACACGGAAGAUGAUCAAGUACUUCUUUUGGGCCUUCAAGCCAUGCUUGGAUGGAUUCAUGUUCUGUCGAAAAGUUAUUAGUGUGGAUGGAACUCAUCUGUACACUAAGUACAAGCACAAGUUACUAAUUGCAGUUUAUUUGGACGCCAAUAACCAAGUGCUACCACUAGCAUUUGCUCUUGUUGACAAUGAAACCACGGCGGCUUGGAGGUGGUUUUUUCAAAUGCUACACAGACAUCUAAUUUCUCAAAUUCCAGAUGGAGAAAACGUUUGUGUAAUUUCAGAUCGAGCUCCGGGAAUUUUACGAGCUUUAGCGGAGUUGCCCGAAUUUGCUCCCCCUAAUGUUUUUCACAGGUUUUGCUUGAGACACGUGUGCUCCAAUUUCAACAAACGUUUUAAGAGUGUAGAUUUGAAGGAUCUAUGCUACAAGGCGGGAGCGGAGUCUCAAAUUUGGAAGUUUAACCACAUUCUUAAUGUGAUCAAAUCUCGGAGUGUUGAAGCUUAUAACUAUUUGAAGGAUAUUGAUCAAGAAAAAUGGGCAUUUGCACAUGAUGGGGGCAAUCGUUGUGGUCAGCUUACUACAAACAUGUCAGAGGCUCAUAAUGGUGUUCUCAAGGGAACUCGAAAACUUCCCAUCUCAACAAUUGUUGACCUCACAUUCAACCGCAUUAUUAGGUAUUUUUCUAAUCGUCUUGAACAGGCCAAUUUGAUGGUUCAGAGAGGACAGUUGUGGUCCACAUAUGCUUAUGGCGUUUACCGGAAACAUGAAGCCAAGUCUGUUGGAUGUUACACAACUCGUUUUAAUCAGCAACUGCUCUCUGCCCAGGUGAUCACUAAAGCUCGUCCAGGUGGAGGUGGAAAUAACAAACACACCGUGAGUUUAAGGGACCAAACUUGUACUUGUGGAAAAUGGAAGCUAACAGGAAUCCCCUGCAGUCCUGUCCUCCACGUGUGCCGUGAAUGGAUGUUGUGUGCCUCCGUAUAUGUGAACGAUUGGUACACUGUUGAUCGAUUAGUGAACACUUAUUCUGGGAUAUUCCAACCACUGUUGAGUGAACACUAUUGGGAGGAUGUUGGUUUUGAACUAAUUCAUGAUCCAACACUAUUAGGGGAUCGAAGACGCAGUCGAAUUCCUAAUGAGAUGGAUGUGCCACAAACAAGGGCAAGACAACAAUCUAGAAGAGAGGAACAAGCAAGACGGCUCCGAUAG